AUGGUGGAGACGCCGCCAUCCGUGAGCCCGGCUGAUUUUGCCACUGCCGAGCCCGGGUCAACGACCACGCCUGCCUCAAGUGCCCCUGUUGUUGGGCAGAGCGAUGACGACAGUGACGAGGUCACUGUGGUGGGGUCGAAGAGCUUCUUGGAGGACCUCUCAGCCGAGGAGCUGCAGGAGCGACUGGCGAUUACGAGCGCCCAGCUGAGGGAUCGAAAGAUGGUGCAGCUGAAGAACAUCCUGGCGUUCAAUGCUGCUCGCAAGCGCCUUCUUGCUGCAGGCUAUGCAUUGGAUACGGAUGAGACGCAGGUUCCUGCAGUGCUUCCUCCGGAUGUUGAUUUGGCUACCCCGAGUCCUCGCGGGGGGAAGCCGGCAGAGAUCACGCCGAGUCCUGUUUCGGCUGCUGUGGCGCGUGAGGGCGACUUUCCUGACGUGGACGGGGAUGUCUUUUUGACCCGGCGUGAGCAGCUUGGCCUUCGCACAAGGGGCCACAUCACUGUGGAUGCCAAGCCCAAGAAGAAGGCGUCUCCGAAGAGAAAGGGUAAGGGCAAAGGCAAGGGCAAAAAGUCGAGGAAGAGCACUUCCUCUGGGAGCAAGGCCGUGCCGGAGCAGAUCGAGCCAGUGCCCAGUGAGCCCCUGGAGCAGGAGGUCGAGGAGCCGGUGCCCAAGCCGAAAAAGGCUGCACCGAAGAGAAAGGCCAUCGUCGUGGAGCCCACCGAGGAGCCCAAGGAGAGUGUGGACCCCAAGCCGAAGAAAAAGGCUGCAUCGAAGAGAAAGGCCGUCGUCGUGGAGGAGCCCGGUGAGGAGCCCGAGGCCAAGCCCAAGAAGAAGGCUGCACCGAAGAGAAAGGCUGUCGUCGUGGAGGAGCCUGAGGAGCCCGAGGCCAAGCCCAAGAAAAGGGCUGCGCCGAAGACAAAGGCCGUCGUCGAGGAGGAGCCCACCGAGGAGCCCGAGAAGACUGUGGAGGAGCCCAAGGGCAAGAGGGUCAGAGCCAAGAAUGGUGUCAUCGAGUAUUCGGCUCCGCUCUCUAGGAGGCAGCUCAGGAAUGCCUUUCUGUGCCAAUUCCAGGAGUGUCAUGAGAGCUCGUGCCGUGGGCCAACCGCGAUUGGGCAAUUCCCCCUUGAGGCGCCUGUGCGGCUCGUGCCCUACUGGACGAAGUGCCAGAUGGGUAUCAAGGUGCUGCAUGUGAAGGAUGGACAGCGCGAGCUCCGGCAGCCCUAUUACAUCAGUGGUUCGAGCCCCUGUUGGUGCAGCUUGGUGCUUUGUGCAAAGCAAGUGGCCGCUCAGCUACCAAUGUGUUUUUAUCUCAUAAUUUUUUUUUAA